GGUGAUUCGCAGCAACAAAAAGUCCGACUGUAUUCAACCCAUCGAAGGUCAUAGACAAUGGAUCCCCUUGCUUCAUCGCAUCAAGGAACGGGGGAGGGGAUGAUCUUGUCUCCGGGGACGCACUCACUAUCGGAGAGCUCUUACACAGCACACCCACGUUUUCUUGAAUUGCAAGAAGAGCUCCGAAGUGCUCUUUUCACAGCCGUCUCUGAUGGCACCCCAAAACAAUACCUCGUCCAAGCGACAACUGAGCCCGCACUCUCCGAGCUCCGACAUGACAUAGAUCUCUUUGCGAGGUCUCCCGUACCCAAGCCUCGUUUGAUAAACUAUCUGAAGAAUUGGAUCACAGAAUGCGCGCCUUAUCUCGAUAAAUUUGACGAGGCUCGCCACUUUGGGGUCCACAUUCCGAUCUUAGCGCGAGAAUCCCCCGGAUUAUUCUACGCCAUCCUCGCCUUUUCUGCCCGGCAGACGGAAAGGAAAGCGGGUCUCCGCAACUGCCAUGACAGCCUCGAGCUCUAUCAGGAGUCAAUCCGCUGGGUAUCGCCCGGCCUUCAAGCAAAGGAUCCAAAUGUGUUGGUGACCGCCUGCGUCCUAGCGGUCAUGGAGUUAAUGUCCGUCAGCCCGCAAGACUGGAGGCGUCAUGUGGAUGGCUGUGCGGCUUUAUUUGAUUGCUUCAGUGUAAACGGGUUUUCCGGGGGUCAUCUACAGGCUGUAUUCUGGUGCUAUGUCCGCAUGGAGCUGUGUGGAGUAAUCGUUUCAAACGGUGCAGAGAGGACGGUUCUUCCUCUCGAGAAGUGGGUUCCUGCUGUAUCUUUGGGCCAGGCGUCCGAAAGUAUUGAGGACAAUGAAAAACGAGUUCGAGAGCUAUUUUUAGAACAGAGCCGCCUAACUCCAGAUAUGCACGCAAACUGGGCCGUAUAUUUGUGCGCCAAAGCAUGCGAUCUAGUGUGCAGGCGCACAAGGUACUUAGAGCUAGGGGAGUACGACACUACUGAUCCACGACCGUUCCAUGAGCAAUGGAACCGACUGUGGGACGAGCUGCAAUAUUGGCUGGAACAACGGCCGCGAGCAAUUCUCCCGACCAAGUCUACCAACAUGCAGGGAGAUCGAAUGUUUCCGGAGAUUUUCUACGCUCAUCAGGCAGCUAUAUCUAGUAAUCAACUGUAUCAUACGGCCUGCAUCCUGUUGCUGGAGGUUAAGCCCCCUACCACACUGCUCUCGUCAAGUCACCUAGCUUCCUCAGUUUGGCACGCAAGGAGGGUGUGCGGCAUUUCGCUGACCAAUCCACAUCCGGGCAACCUCAUUAAUGCUAUUCAGCCCUUAUUCAUUGCUGGGAAGCUUUUGAGCCAUCGUCGCGAACACAUAGCUGUGGCUAAGCUCUUCAAAGCCAUCGAGCAAACCACAGGAUGGGGAGCGCUGUGGCGACUUAGGGACCUUGAAGCAGUCUGGGGCUAUGAGACAAACGAGAUUCUAUCUGUGAUUUGAUUACGCAGGUGUUGCCAUUGCCACCACCGAAAACCUUGGCUCUUUCCAAGUGUGACGGGACUCUGCUGCGCAAACAGCCAACACUCCGUUACGAGAACGCAUCUGGAUGUGCAACGACCUAUGUCACCAAGCAUUGAAAGGUUACAUCUAUGAAGUAGGCGAUUUGCGCACACCCGACAUAUAGCCCAUGGCUCAGGCUCCAGA